AUAUAUAACCACUCCCUACCUGCAUGGCUCAUCACUUCACCAUUAUCCCCUUCUUUCUUCUCCAACGUAUCCAAUACUGAAGAAGAUCGAUCCUUACAUUUUCUUAAGAUCAAAAGAUGAGCAGGCCAGGAGAUUGGAACUGUAGGUCAUGCCAGCACCUCAACUUCCAGAGGCGUGACUCAUGCCAACGCUGUGGAGAUUCCAAGUCCGGCGUUGACUUUGGGGGUUUUGGUGGAAGAGGAGGAGGAGGAUCUUCGUUCGGCUUCAUGAGUACCGGCUCAGAUGUUAGGCCUGGCGACUGGUACUGCGCUGCUGGCAACUGUGGGGCGCACAAUUUUGCCAGCCGCUCCAGCUGCUUCAAAUGUGGUGCUUUCAAGGAUGACUCUGCUGCUGGUGGAGGCGGCGGCGGCUUUGACUCUGACAUGCCACGCUCCCGGGGUUUUGGGUUAGGACUUGGUGGCGGUGCUGGCGGCGGUGCUCGACCUGGAUGGAAAUCUGGAGAUUGGAUUUGUACCAGGUUGGGGUGCAACGAACACAACUUUGCGAGCAGAAUGGAAUGUUUUAGAUGCAAUGCCCCAAGAGACUCAUACUAGACAAGAUUUAACCAAUUUUGGGCAUUGCUGAUGAGCGAGAGAGAUGAUAUCAUGACCAGUUUUUCCUUCCCAAUUUCUUUGAGUUGCUAGCUCUAGGGUUUUUUCAUGGUGAAACAUGGCACAUAAGAACCCAUGUCCUCAUAAGCUACAUAUAUGCCUAGCAUUUUGUUAGGUUUCCCAUAAGAAUUAAAUUAAUCAAUGUAAUUUUGGUGCUUUUAAUUUCCCCAUUAUUGUCAUUUGUGUUAAACCUUUUAUUUAAUUAUUGUAAUGUGCCUGGUUUCUGAAA